CAGCUGGGACGGUGCACCGCCGCUAGAGGACGGCGUGCAGGGAGAGGGCCAUUUCCCAGACCCGCCCCCUCGGCUGCGGGAAUGCUAAAGCGUGGCAGGGGCCGGCCGGGGAAGCGGAGGAGGCGGGUCUCCAUAGAAACCUCCACCUGUUUCCGGCCAGGCUGAGUGAAAUUAGGGGCUGUAGCGGGGGCCAAUCUCAGCCAGCUCGCUUCUUCCCGGCGGCCCCUGCGGGAGCGGUGGGUGUUGUACACAAUCAUCAUGGCGGCGGCCGGAGCCCCGGAUGGCAUGGACACGGAGGCUGAGGCUGUGCCCACCGAGGCGCCCGCACGGCCCCUCAACUGCGUGGAGGACGAAGCAGCGGCGGCGGCGGCGGCGGCCGAGGACUCCUGCGACGCGCGAGGCAGCCUGCAGCCGGCCCCGGCCCAGCCCCCUGGGGACCCUGUGGCUCAGGCCUCGGUCAGCAACGGCGAGGACGCAGGCGGCGGUGCGGGCAGGGAGCUGGUGGAGCUGAAGAUAAUUUGGAACAAGACUAAGCACGACGUGAAGGUCCCGUUGGACAGCACGGGUUCCGAGCUAAAGCAGAAGAUUCACUCCAUUACAGGUCUCCCACCCGCCAUGCAGAAGGUCAUGUAUAAGGGACUUGUUCCUGAAGAUAAAACGUUGAGAGAAAUAAAAGUGACCAGUGGAGCCAAGAUCAUGGUGGUUGGCUCUACUAUAAAUGAUGUUUUAGCAGUAAACACCCCCAAAGAUGCUGCCCAGCAGGAUGCAAAGGCUGAAGAGAACAAGAAGGAGCCCCUCUGCAGACAGAAGCAACACAGGAAAGUGUUGGACAAAGGAAAGCCUGAAGAUGUGAUGCCAUCUGUUAAGGGUGCCCAGGAGCGCCUGCCAACGGUACCCUUGUCUGGCAUGUAUAAUAAGUCUGGAGGGAAAGUGAGACUCACCUUUAAGCUAGAGCAAGACCAGCUGUGGAUCGGCACUAAAGAGCGGACUGAGAAACUGCCCAUGGGCUCCAUAAAAAAUGUGGUUAGUGAACCUAUCGAAGGACACGAAGACUACCACAUGAUGGCGUUUCAGUUGGGCCCCACGGAAGCCUCUUACUACUGGGUGUACUGGGUUCCAACUCAAUAUGUGGAUGCAAUCAAAGACACUGUGCUGGGCAAGUGGCAGUAUUUUUGAAAGCACUUUCACCUCUGGCCCAGGAGACUGACCCAAAGUGAAGGACAUUGCCGGGAGAGGUCUGCAGCAUCCCUGGAUUGCAGAGUUCUGGGACUUUGUUCACACACAAAAAAAUCUCUAUUCAAUCUGAGGUGAUGUGGUGACUGAAGCCAGAGGUGAUGUACUUUCACCAUUAGCUUAAUUUGAACUUAAAAUCACCGGUUCCCUUUCUUGCAGUCAGCUUACCAUUUUUAAAGUCAGUAUGGUGGAAAUUAAUAAAUCCAAGUUUCGAACAUG